AUGGGCAUCACAGAUGGCCAGCUUGCUGCUAUCAGCGCCGUUGAAAGGGCCUGCUCAGUCUUGUCGCUUCUAGGCUGUCUUUUCACAAUCAUCACCUUUUGCUCCUCACGAUCUUUCCACAAGCCAAUCAACCGCUUGGUAUUUUACGCUUCUUUCGGCAACAUGAUGACCAAUGUCGGUACGCUGAUGUCGCGGUCCUAUCUGAGAAACAUGGACUCCUUUGCUUGCCAGUUUCAAGCCACCUUGAUUCAACUGUUCAUGCCAGCAGAUGCUUUCUGGACCCUGGCCAUGGCCAUCAACGUCUAUCUCACCUUUUAUUACAAGUUCGAUGCCGAGCGUCUCAGAAGAAUGGAACUCACCUACCUCAUAGCCUGCUAUGGGAUCCCCACCAUUCCCGCUCUGGCCUUUAUCUUUAUUAGAAACAGCGACGGACAGCGCGUGUACGGGAACGCGACCUUGUGGUGCUGGAUUGAUACCGACUGGGACAUUCUCCGUAUCACCAUGUUUUACGCUCCCGUGUGGAUCGUCAUUUUCGUCACCAUGUUCAUCUACACUAAAGCUGGCCGCAUGAUCUAUGAGAAACGCAAACAGUUGCGAAAUUUUCACUCGUCUGACCGCGACCAGAUGUCGGCGAGUGACACUCUGGCUACCAUCAAGACUACAGAAGUGACAGUCACAACCGAGGUAGUGGGUAGCAGAGCAAUCCCCCUUCAUCCCGUGACCCCGGGAGACUCGGCUGCCGGUGAGAGCUCGAGGGAGAUGAACGGUGUGUACUCUGUGCACAUCACGGCCGACUCAAACCACGUCAGCGAUUUCGGCAACGCGGCGAGGCCUCCGACUGCAGACGCGGCGGCGGCGGCUGCGGCUGCGGCUGCGGCUGCGGCUGCGGCUGCGGCUCAAAAAGCGUCCACGCCAAACCCGCCCCGGCGCCCUGCCAACACUAAUCGCCGACGCAACCAUGAGCUGAACAAUGCCGCCUGGUCCUACACCAAGUGCUCUAUCCUGUUCUUCACCGCGAUUCUCAUCACGUGGAUUCCCUCGAGCGCCAACCGAGUGUACUCGUUGAUCCAUGACAAGGAAGCUUCUCUACCCCUGGAGUACAUGAGCGCCUUUGUGCUCCCGCUGCAAGGGUUUUGGAACGCCGUCAUCUACGCAACCACGUCAUGGUCGGCCUGCGUGGAGUUUUUCCAGAGCAUCAAGUCGAUGAAGCGACCUGGCGGCAUACGUGGUGGCAACUCUAGCAGGGCGCGCAGCCUCGAGCGACGGGGCACCCCUUUCAAGUCGGCCGCAGGCAGUUCGCGAACUUUGGAGUCGUCGAGCACAACAGAGUUGACCAAGGAUGAGGCUGUUGCAGCGGAUCCAGGCCGUCACUGCUAG